AUGUCACUCUCAGAAGCAAACCCUCCUGUUAGUACACAUGUACCCUAUAUCAGACGACGCAACACCCCCCAGCAACUCAAGGCUCUCCAGCAACUACUCGAACUGUCUCACCAUCCAACUCGGGAGCAGCGCCUCGCUUUGGCUACGGAGUUCGGGAUGGAACUCAAGUCUGUGACCAACUGGUUCCAAAACAAACGCCAGACAGAGAAGAGAAAAUCCCUCAUCUGGAAUGAGAAUAAUCCUCCAAAAAUUCACGCACCUCAAUCGCGUCAUUUGAAACAGCACCGUCCUAAUAAAUCCAUAUCUUCCUUCUCUGUUUCGCUUGAUAAAAUCGCUCAGUUAUCUGAGAGACCCUCAUCACCGUCAUUACUCCUAUCCGCCAAUCAAGCACCUCCCACUCCUUUCACUCCACGGACUACUAACGUCCUUGCCCAAUCGUCUCCGAGUCCCUCAGAGUUAUGGAAACACAUCCCAUCAUCCCCCGCUUUUUCGCAGUCUUCCCCAGGUGCUGAGGAAGCUAGACUGGCUGACCUUCCCUCACGAUCAAAGACCUGGCGUUCGUUAGAAUGGGCCUGUCUCAAAGCGAGGCGAGACAAGCGGGUUGACGAUGGAGAAGAGGAAGAUGACCUCCCUUGUCUCCCCUCUUUGAGUCACGGCGGUGGCUCAGAUGAUGGGUCAUAUGAAGCCCUCACCCCUGAUUCUAGUGUCCGAUGCAUCGACCUCUCUCCCCAGAGCAAUUCUCCCUCGCGCUUUAGUGGACAGGAGAACAACAAAGCCCUGUUUUCUGACUUGAGAAAACCUCCCCAAUCAGAGGAUGUCGAAGCUGCCUUGACGCUCCUUGGUUUUAUGGCGCGUCGUUAA